AUGGUUCAAGAGCCACUUCAAUUUAUCGCGCCCAUUGGUGGCUAUGAGGAAAUGCCAGUUGUUACACUUGAAGAAGCUGUUGAACCGCUCGUUCCCAUGCUACCAGCUGUUCAAAGUCAUGCUUAUGUUGCCAAACAAAGAUGUGAGAAUCCUGCCGAUGGAUUGACACAAGAUGAAUCGGCCUCAAUUAUGCUGUACACGAUGGGGUGGGAACCACUCAAUAAAUGCCUAUAUUUUGUUUUGAAUGAUAUAUUACGAUCACCUGAACGACAACAAAAGCUUAGACCAUGGCAUUUAUUUAUGAGACUCUUUCUUAGUGCGCUUUUUCGUCUCCCGUUGAUUCCUACAACUGCAUACAGAGGUGCCAAAUUAGACUUGAGCAAGCGUUACGUCGAAGGAAAAACGAUCGUCUGGUGGGGUUUCUCAUCGUGCACAACAGAUAUUAGUGUUCUACGUUCGGAACAAAUUGUGGGAGCAACAGGUGACAGAACAAUGUUUACCUUACAUGCUCAAUCAGCUAGAGAUAUUCGCAAGCAUUCGUAUUAUGCAGCUGAAAAUGAAGUACUUCUGAUGGCUGCAACUCAAUUCAAAGUAAUAAGCUGUCUUGAUCAAGGCACUCUUCACAUUAUUCAAUUGGAUGAAACUUGUCCACCAUUUCCACUCUUACAACCAGUACCUAUUGUGGUUCAAUCACCGAUCAAUCCAACUCCCUCAACUAAGUGA